AUGGCUCUCUUCGACAUUCCGGGUUGGAGUGUGCCUUCUGCUCCUGUCACAGAUGCCCCGACCUCGAGGAAGAGGAAAAGGCCGUCCCCACAAGAUGGGGACAAAAUGUCCAAUGCAUCCAUCAAUUUCGACAAGCUUAUGGCGAAACUAGACUCUGGAGCAGCCAACACGACGAAACCAACACCGAAAAGGCAGAGGAAGACAGAGGGAAAAAAUCAGGAGCGCCGCUUGCCAGAGCCGAGCAAGAGCUCGCCUCGUGCACAACCCUCGGGCGCGGAGCGUUCACAGAAGUCCACCAAAGGCAAGGGGAGGAAGGACGCGACUAAGGCAAAGAAGAAUGCGAACAAAUCCGGACAUGAACGGGAAUCGACUGUGCCCUCGAAACCUACCAAACCGACGUCCGACGGGAUGGAGGGUCUUACCGUCCUUCAAGCCGGCAUGAAGAACAGCCUCGAGGGUGCGCGUUUCCGAUGGAUAAAUGAACUACUCUAUAAAUCCGACAGCGAACAAGCACGCCAGAUGAUACGAGAGAAUCCCGAAGUGUACGAAGAGUAUCAUACUGGCUUCCGGCAUCAAGUACAUUCUUGGCCAACCAACCCAGUCCAGCACUAUAUUUCCUCAUUGUCGUCGUAUCCUCCCAAGACUGUUAUUGCAGAUCUUGGCUGUGGCGACGCAGCGCUCGCACGCGGGCUCGUCCCCGAAGGCAUGACGGUGCUUUCAUUCGACCUCGUCUCGGACGGAGUAUUCGUAGUUGAAGCGGACAUCUGUUCCCACAUCCCUCUACCAGGUGCCGAGAAUGGUGCCGAUGAUCGCGACGGCACAAGCGAAGGCCAGGGUGCCGUUGUUGACGUCGUAGUCUGCGCUCUGAGCCUCAUGGGGACGAACUGGCCGAAAUGCAUCCGCGAGGCAUGGCGACUUCUAAAGCCAAAUGGUGAUCUUAGGAUUGCUGAGGUAGCCAGCCGGUUCACCGAUGUGGACGAUUUCGUGAACCUCGUCUCGUCGGUAGGGUUUAGGCUGAAGUCGAAGGAUGACAACAAUACACAUUUCACGCUCUUCGAGUUCAAGAAGGUGGCCCGGAAGGCGAGAAGCGAGAAAGAAUGGGAGCAGGUGAUGUCUCACGGCAAAGUGCUCAAGCCAUGCGAAUACAAACGGCGAUGA